AUGAAGAGGAACAAUGAUAUUGCGUCACUUUUUCAGAAACAUGAAGCAAAGACAAAAAAGAUUGCGAAUGAAGUGCAAACUCAACACCAAGAAUCAUCUCCCGAUCCGAUUGUGGCUCAAGUGCAAACUCAACAGCAAGAAUCACCUCCGGUUCCGGUUAUGGCUCAAGGGCAAACUCAAGAACAAGAACCACCUCCUGUUUACGAUGUUAAUCGUCUCCAACUUGAUCCAGGAUUAAGGGUGUCUAUUGCAAGCUAUCAUAUCAAUGAUCAAGAUGCAGUUCGAAAAGGAUAUAUUCUAAAAGGUCUAUGUCAACCUUAUGCUCAUGAGUACAAAAUUAGAAAAAUAUACGGUAAAGAUCUCCGCUUCAGUCUUAUUUGGUUUCAUAAAUACCCUUGGCUUGAAUAUAGUAUUGAGAAGGAUGCAGCAUUUUGCAUGGUUUGUUUCUUGUUUGGCAAGGGAAGUGGUAAAUUUGUUAAGGAUGGUUGGAGAAAUUGGAACAAAAGUGACGUACUAGACAAACAUGUAGGGGGUAUAGGUAGUGCUCACAAUAUGGCUCAAGAGAAAUACAACUUAUUUGUGCAAGGUAAACCAAUUGGUAAUGUUCUUGUGAAGGUGUCACAAGAGAAUCUAUCUCUUUACAAGGCUAGGUUGACUUAUUCACUUAGAUGUUUGAGGUUUCUUUUGCAUCAAGGAUUGGCAUGCUGUGGACAUGAUGAAAGUGAAGAAUCUAGCAAUCGAGGAAACUUUCUUGAACUUUUGAAAUGGCUUGCAGAAAAUAAUGAAGAAGUUAAUAAGUUGGUUCUGAAAAAUGCUCCAAAAAAUUGCAUUUUGACUUCCCCUCCCAUACAAAAGCAAAUUGUUCAGUGUUGUGCCGAGAAAACUACUAGACACAUAAUUGAAGAACUUGGUGAUGAUCAUUAUGCAAUUUUAGCUGAUGAGUGUAGUGAUGUAUCACAUAAAGAACAACUAGCUCUUUACUUGCGUUAUGUUGAUAAAUAUGGAAGGGUAUGUGAAAGAUUUCUUGGAAUAAUUCAUGUAGCUGGUACCACUUCUUUGUCACUUAAGGUAGCAAUUCAAUCUUUACUUAUUGGUCACCACUUGACUCUUACUCAAAUUCGUGGACAAGGAUAUGAUGGGGCUAGUAAUAUGAAAGGAGAGAUUAAUGGGCUGAAAACAUUGAUCAUGAAAGAGUCUCCUUCUGCUUAUUACAUCCAUUGUUUUGCACAUCAACUCCAGUUGGUUCUUGUUGCUGUUGCCAAGGGAAAUGAUGGUUGUGUAUGGUUUUUUGCUCAACUUUCUCGCUUGUUGAAUAUUGUUGGAGUUUCUUGUAAGCGUCAUGAUAUGCUUCGAAAUGUUAGAGUUCAAAAACUAAAGACAACACUUGAAUUGGGUGAAAUAGAAAGUGGAAGUGGAUUAAAUCAAGAGAUGGGCUUAGCUAGACACGGAGACACUCUGUGGGGCUCUCAUUACAAAACUAUUUUGCACAUCAUUGAUAUGUAUUCCACAAUCCGAGAAGUACUUAUAAUUCUUGGAAAAGAUCCCACACAAAGGGGUGAUUGGCCGAACAUACAUGCUAUGGUUGAUGUCUUUGAGUCAUUUGAGUUUGUUUUCAAUGCUCACUUGAUGCUGGUCAUUCUUGGAUAUACAAACGAGUUGUGUCAGUCUUUACAAAAGAGAGAUCAAGAUAUUGUUAAUGCAAUAUCACUUGUGAGUUUGGCAAAGGAAAGAAAGCAACAUAUGAGAUCUCAUGGGUGGGAAGAGUUCUUUAAAGGAAAGGUUACAUCAUUUUAUGUAAAAUAUAGCAUCAUCAUUCCUUCAUUGGAUGGUAAUUAUGUGCCUCAUGGAAGAUCCUCACGGUUUUACCCCGAACAAACAAUUGAUGAUCAUUAUAGAAGAGAGGUAUAUCUUGGUGUCAUUGAUAAAAUUCGGCAAGAGCUUGACAAUCGGUUUGAUGAGGUUAAUAUGGAGUUGCUUCUUUGCAUGUCGGCUUUGAAUCUGUUCAAUUCAUUUGCUUCUUAUGAUGCACACAAGAUACUUAGACUUGCCAAGUUUUAUCCCAAGGACAUAUCAAGUAUGGAUUUGAUAAGACUUGAAAUUCAACUUGAUAACUUUAUUCAUGAUAUGAGAAGAGAUGAUAGAUUCAAAUGUCUAAACAAUCUUGGGGAGCUCUCUAUUAGGCUUGUUGAAACAAAUAAACAUACUCUUUAUGAUUUGGUGUACUUGCUUCUUAAAUUGGUAUUGAUCCUACCGGUGGCGACGGCAAGUGUUGAAAGAGUAUUUUCUGCAUUGAGUCUAGUGAAGAAUAAAUUGAGAAAUAGUAUGGGUGAUGAGUUAUUGAACGAUUGUUUAGUCACAUUUAUUGAGCGUGAUGUUUUUUGCAAGAUAAGUGAGGAUGAUAUAAUCGAGAGUUUUAUGGUCAUGAGAAAGCGUAGAGUAGAGUUCUAG